CCCGUAUGUUGUCAGCCUGUGCACGCCCGGCACGCAAUCAGAUGCUUGAGAGCAAGCUUUGUAGUAUUUGAUGGUUGCAGGACCUUGCCCCUUCACAGGAUCCAAAGGAGAACCCCCAGCAAGUAUGCGAAGCGUUUCUCCGCCUGGAUGAGGCUUGCGAAAAUGGCGCCCAAUGGUGCCAUGGCACCAUGGCUAGUCUUACUGGGUGUCGCUGGUUACGCGUGGUGCUCGGGACCUUGCUCAAGCUCCGGCCGAACUUUUCAGCGCGGCUGGACGACUUGCAUGGCGGACACGGUGCUCCACAAACUUCAACUUCAACCCGACCCGGAGGCAGUGCGCCGGGGCCUGCGCAGUGCACUCUGCUUGGUGAGAACUGAGGCCUGCGCUCUUUUGGUCUCACAGUCGAGACAGGAGGUCGGUCCUCUGUUCCCUUGUUCGAGCUCCUUCAGCCAGGCAUCCUGGACUGCCCCGGCGGAAAACCAGGCUGCCGCGGAGCUGGAGCUGAGGCGAGUUGCCGCCAUCUCAUCGGAGGCGCCCUUCGCCUGCAGGCGUUGCCGCAAGGAUGGAGGACAUUCCGGCACAAGCAAGGCCUUGUUAUCCCUGUCCGCACCAUACUCGACUGCAUACUUAUCUACGUCGCCGACCCCCAUUUCUGGAGGGCGAUGUGAGCAUUCCAAACAACUUGACUGACAGCGCCUGUACUCAGCAGCUGGGGAAGCACUCUGGCCGGCGGAAGUCGACGAGCGGCGGCCAUCUGGUUUGGAGUUCCAGAUCCUUCUGGUUGGCGUCGUCCAGGGCGAGGGCUUUGGAAGCCGCGUUUUUGCCCGUAGGCUUUUUUUCUGAGUGAGCAUUUCUUUCUCUUUUUCUGAAUCUAUUCACCUUGUGAUGGAUGAGGUGUUGGUAGACCGGACUUUGAGCUGGUAGCUGUCGCUGAGCGCAGGGCUGGACUCAAGAGUUGCCCUCUGCCCACUCUUUCAGGUAAAGUCUGGUCGGAGAACUUAGCGAAGCUAGGAGCCA